GUCAAACGAGGCCGGCCUUUUUUUGCUGCGGUCGGUGAGGUCGCGCCUGUAGCUCUGGGCGGGCGAGGCGGCCCUGCGGCGCCAGCAGCCAGCGUCGCGCCCUCCCCCGCCGGUGGAGCGACCCUUCAUCCUCUCGGCGCCUGAGGGAAGCCCGGCAGGGCUAGCGGAGAGGUCGGCUCGUCGGUUGAUCCCCUUAGGAAUGGCAGCCCCGUCUAUGAAGGAAAGGCUGGCUUGCUGGGAAGCCCGGGAUGAGUACUGGAAGUGUUUGGAUGAGAACGCCGACGAUGCUUCCCGAUGCAAGAAGAUAAGGAGCUCCUUUGAAGCAAGUUGUCCCCAGCUGUGGAUAAAAUAUUUUGAUAAAAGAAGAGACUACUUAAAAUUCAAAGAACAGUUUGAAGCAGGACAAUUCCAACCCUCAAAAACAACUGCAAAAUCCUAGACUGUUCCUGAACUUUUCUAAAAGUUUGAAACUCCUUUCUGGGCAUUCAAAAAGUACCAUCGAUUGUGGGACAAGAGUAGUUUGAAUCAUGGUGAAUAUCCAUACUUGUUCUCUGUAUACAACACUUAAUAACUAAGAUGAUCGAGGAACAGAUCUAUGAAGAAUUUAAAUAAAAUGGUAUUAAAUAGAAAACCUAUUAUAAAAACA